CCUGCUUUCGUUUCAAUGACGCUCUCUCGGACUUCGGCGCUUUCCUUUCUCCUGCUCCUUAAACCCUUCAUCUCACUGUGCAUCUCCAUUUUGUUGGCGCCAAUCCGAAUCUCUGUUCUUAUUUCAUUUGUUUCUCACACAUGAAUUCCCUUCAUCGCAUUCGAAUUCUCUCUUUAACGAAUGAAAAUCGAAUUCUUCAACUGCUUCAGCAAAUCAAACAAACCCAUUUCGGUUCUUCCUUCCAUGGUAGAACCUUCUCAAGCAGAUCUUCUUCCCCUUCCUCCGGAGCCGGCAAGUUUGGCAAUGGCGACGAUGAAUGGAAUGAUACUUGGGAAUCUGCUUGGCUUCCUGAAGACCUUUCGCCGAGGAACAAAGCGCCAUGGGAGAACGAUGUGAACUUCCCUUCUGGAAACCCUACAAUUGUGUUUCCAUCGGACGUGGAUGCAGAAACCAAAGCGUUCGUUGAGGACAUGAAUGAGAAUUGGGACGAGAGGCGAAAGGCAUCUCAAACGCAGAAACAAGGAGUGAAUCAGCAAGAGAAGGAAGGUGUUGGUGAUGGCGGCGGCGGCGGGUCGCUUUAUAGCUUGGAAAACAUAAAGAAGGAUUAUAGAUUGAAGAAACAGAGGAUUCAUGCUAAUUUGUGGAUGAAGGAGAUUGAGAAGCAAGAGGAGGCUAGGUUGGGGGAUUCCAUUGCUGGCAGUGGGGAUGACAUUGAAAGAUUGAUGGAUAGCUGCUCUGAGAUUUUUGAGUCUGUCAAUGAUGAUUUAAACCGUUCAAAAGUUCCAAGUUCUUCAGAGUUCAGAAAUAAACCUGAUGGAUGGGAAACAGUAUCCAAAGGUCAUGAUGGAAAUGUAUGGGAGAUGACACAAAGAGAAGAAGACAUUCUUCUUCAGGAGUUUGAUCGUCGAAUUGCAUACAACAAAUUUCAGAUUGCUAGUUUCAUCAAGACCCAUAUAUUUAGUCGUCGGAGACCAAUCGAUGGGUGGAAAUACAUGAUAGAGGAAUUUGGGCCAAACGCCAAGAAAGGGAAAGGUAGUGUUUCAAGAUUGCCUAGUCUUUCUGAUUCUUCCACCCAACCCUUCAAGGAGGAAAAAGUUGCAGCCUCCCCUUCUCUCACACCCUUGAAGAGGAUUUAACUCUUUGAAAGCUACUUCUUGGACCAUCUGUGACUUAAAAAAGCUUGCAACCAUUAGAAAAGCCAUCUCAUGCUCUCCAAGUAUAAUGUUAUGUUGGUCAUGUUGAUGUUUGUAAGUAGUGAUUCUAAUCUGAGUAUUCUUGCCUGAUAUAUCAUGAAGCAAAAUGAGAGUCUUGCACUUGUUUCUAGGGGUGCCUAUUGAGGGCCGAAAAACUGAAACGACCAACUGAAACCGAUUGAACUGAAGUUGGUGGGUUGGUUUGGCACCAACGACAUUUGUUCCUUGCAUUUUAAAAACUGACUGUUUGGUCGGUCGGCUACACCGAUAUGCAAGAAACUUGACCAAUCGACCGACUUCUAUGGUUUUUAAAAAAAUAUAAUUAUAGAAAUAAGAUUAUCUUUAA